AUGAUGAAGUCACAGGGAACAGUGACGUUCAAGGACGUGGCUAUUGACUUCACCCAGGCAGAAUGGCAGCACCUGGAUUGUGACCAGAGGCGCCUGUACCGGAGUGUGAUGCUAGAAAACUACAACAACUUAAUCACAGUGGGAUGUCCGUUCACCAAACCUGAUGUGAUUUUCAAGUUGGAGCAGGAGGAAGAACCGUGGGUGUUAGAGGAAGAAGUGUUACGGAGACAUAGUCCAGGAGAAAUAUGGGGAAUUGAUGAGCAUCAGAAAAACCAGGACAUAAUUUCGAGGCAAGUUGAAGAUAACAGUGACAAGAAAGCUGUGACAGAGAAACCGAUCCAUGAAUGUCAUCACAAAUUUUCAAAUCUAUGUCUUCUGACUUCAGACCGUUUUCCUUCCGGAAACAGCCUCUGUGACUAUGACUUAUUUAGAAAGUGGUCUGCACAUAAUUUAGACUGUCAAAAUAACGAGAGAAGCUAUCUAACAAAGGGACAUUCAGAACAUUGUAAUCAUCCUGGAAAGUCAUUUCUCAAGAACUCAUCCCAUCUUGUAGUAACCCCCUUUAAAUGCAAUCAUUGUGGAAAAGGCUUCAGUCAGACAUUGGAUCUCAUCAGACACCUGAGAUUUCAUACUGCAGAGAAACCACAUGAAUGUAAUAAAUGUAGGAAAACCUUCAGCAACAAGGAAAAACUCAUUAAACAUGAUAAGAUUCACAAUAGGGAGCAAUCGUAUGAAUGUAAUGAGUGCAGUAAGGCUUUUAUUAAAAUGUCAAACCUCAUUAGACAUCAGAGAAUUCAUACUGGUGAGAAACCCUAUGUAUGUAAGGAAUGUGGGAAAUCUUUCAGCCAGAAAUCAAAUCUCAUUGACCAUGAAAAAAUUCAUACUGGAGAGAAACCUUAUGAAUGUAAUGAGUGUGGAAAAGCAUUCAGCCAGAAGCAAAGCCUCUUUGCACACCAGAAAGUUCACACUGGAGAGAAACCAUAUGCUUGUAAUGAAUGUGGUAAAGCCUUCCCUCGAAUUGCAUCCCUUGCUCUUCAUAUGAGAAGUCAUACAGGAGAAAAACCUUAUAAAUGUGAUAAAUGUGGAAAAGCCUUCUCUCAGUUUUCUAUGCUUGUUAUACAUGUGAGAAUUCAUACAGGUGAGAAACCCUAUGAAUGUAAUGAGUGUGGAAAAGCCUUCUCCCAAAGCUCAGCCCUUACUGUACACAUGAGAAGUCAUACUGGGGAGAAACCCUAUGAAUGUAAGGAAUGUAAAAAAGCUUUUAGCCACAAGAAAAACUUCAUUACACAUCAGAAAAUUCAUACUAGAGAGAAACCUUAUGAAUGUAAUGAAUGUGGGAAAGCCUUCAUUCAAAUGUCAAAUCUGGUUAGACACCAGAGAAUUCAUACUGGAGAAAAACCCUACAUAUGUAAGGAAUGUGGCAAAGCCUUUAGCCAGAAAUCAAAUCUCAUUGCCCAUGAGAAAAUCCAUUCUGGAGAAAAACCCUAUGAAUGUAAUGAAUGUGGCAAAGCUUUCAGCCAAAAGCAAAACUUUAUUACACAUCAGAAAGUUCACACUGGAGAGAAACCUUAUGAUUGUAAUAAAUGUGGUAAAGCCUUCUCUCAAAUUGCAUCUCUUACUCUUCAUCUGAGAAGUCACACAGGGGAAAAACCUUAUGAAUGUGAUAAAUGUGGGAAAGCCUUUUCUCAGUGUUCACUGCUUAAUUUACAUAUGAGAAGUCAUACGGGUGAGAAGCCGUAUAUAUGUACAGAAUGUGGAAAAGCCUUCUCUCAAAGAACUUCUCUGAUUGUGCACAUGAGAGGUCACACAGGUGAGAAGCCCUAUGAAUGUAACAAAUGUGGAAAAGCCUUCUCCCAAAGCUCUUCCCUUACUAUACAUAUACGAGGUCAUACAGGUGAGAAACCCUUUGACUGUAGUAAGUGUGGAAAAGCCUUUUCUCAAAUCUCAUCUCUCACUCUACAUAUGAGAAAACACACAGGUGAGAAGCCUUAUCAUUGUAAUGAAUGUGGCAAGGCUUUCAGCCAAAAGUCACACCUCGUUAGACACCAGAGAAUUCAUACUUAUUAG